GCGCAUUUCUCUUUCCGAUUGCUGUGUUUAGUACAACGUCGGAAUGGGUGCUCUUGUGUACUGCUUUCUUGUCGUGGUCUUUGUUGGGGCUCAGGCCUUUCAGCCGAACCGAGGAGACUCUCAACUGCAGCAGAUGAUGAAAACGUUCGCUGACGAGAUGAAAAAAACGUUCGCUGACGAGAUGAAGAAAACGUUCGCUGACGAGAUGAAGAAAACGUUCGCUGACGAGUUAGAGACACUAAAGCAGGAAAUUGAGGUAAGCCGGGAUGGUCGGGACGGCGCGCCGGGUCGGGACGGGGCGGCGGGAAGAGACGGGCAGCCGGGACCACAGGGGCCGAUAGGACCGAGGGGCGACAUCGGGCCGGAGGGACCUCCUGGGGAGAAGGGAGAGACAGGAGCGGACGGGAACGGAGGCAGUUCCGUGUACAUCCGCUGGGGAAGGACAACCUGUCCGAAUGACACCGACACGUCACUCAUUUACGAUGGCAUCGCUGGAGGCACACUCUACACCCACAGCGGAGGCGGCGCCAACUACGUCUGUCUACCGAAGGAUCCUGAGUGGGGAGUCUUCACGGAUGGAAACCAACGAACUGCGUACAUGCAGGGCGCGGAGUAUGAACUGAACAAUGGAAUCAACCCAUUCCCAGGCGCCUCCCUCCAUGAUCACGACGUCCCCUGCGCCGUCUGCCACGUGGCGUCUCGCGGCUCCAAGCUGAUGAUCCCCGCCCGUCUCAGCUGCCCUAGCGGCUGGACCCGGGAGUACAGGGGUUACCUCAUGACUUCCUAUUAUAAUCAAUACCGCACUGAGUUUGUCUGCAUGGACGGGGAGCCCGAAGCCAGGCCCGGCGGACACAUAAACCACAACGGCGCGCUGUUCUACCCAGUGGAAGCCAACUGCGGGUCCCUGCCGUGUCCCAACUACGUGCAGGGCCGUGAGCUGACCUGUGUGGUCUGUACCAAGUAACGGUCCUGUCGUCAACGACAUGAAACCACAGCUCAAGAUUCACAAAUUAGACAUGAAG